GAAAAUUUUCAUCAGUACAGUUUCGCUCUGCUCGUGAAUAAUUUCAUAAUUAUAUAACAAAAAAUGUCUGGACGUGGUAAAGGAGGAAAAGUAAAGGGGAAGGCAAAGUCCCGUUCAAAUCGUGCUGGAUUGCAGUUCCCAGUGGGUCGUAUUCAUCGUCUGCUCAGGAAGGGAAACUAUGCCGAACGUGUUGGAGCUGGAGCACCCGUUUACCUGGCCGCAGUGAUGGAAUAUUUGGCCGCUGAAGUGUUGGAAUUGGCAGGAAAUGCCGCUCGUGACAACAAGAAGACCAGAAUUAUCCCACGUCAUCUGCAGUUGGCUAUCCGUAAUGACGAAGAAUUGAAUAAGCUGCUGUCGGGUGUAACUAUUGCUCAAGGCGGAGUUUUGCCCAACAUCCAAGCUGUUCUACUGCCCAAAAAGACCGAGAAGAAAGCUUAAAUAAACAACGAAUUCGAAUUACAUGAAAACCGAGAACCCAACCGUCCUUUUCAGGACGACAAAACAUUCUUAACUAAGAGUAACAAUAUUUUUUUUGCCUACGAUUUGCCAUUUGUUUCGAUCAAAUCCAAUCCUCAGUUACAGUGUACAUUAAGAUUAGGAAAGCAUUUGUUUCAAAAACGAUAUGAGUACAUCGUUACACUAAUUUGAAAUCUUAAUCUAAGCUCAGACGGCAUAACGCGGCGAGGAAUGUGUCCAGAUGAAACCGAAUAUAGGGACAUGAAAUCAACACUGGCAAACAGUAUUAAUUACACAAGCGAAAUUUUGUUGGGUAAAACAUGAUGAUCUCACGCAGGUAGUCGAGCUGGCCCAAAGGAACCAAAUUUACAGAGGGUAUACCAGCUGCCAGAAAAAAAAACAUUUCCGUCCAUAUGUACAUAUCAUUUGUAAUUUAGGCAUAAACGACCUCUUAGUAGGAAGCAACAAAAAAAAGUAAAAAGGUAGCAAAAUCCAGAAGUGUUGCUUUUUUUAAAGAGAAAGGAAAGGGGAAUGGAUACAUAGAUAAAUGUAGUUGGCUAAAUAAAAUCAUUAGUAAUUCUUGAUGAGACAUCGCAAACUGGUACGCUUGAGUGUACUCUUUCGUACCUCUCAAUCGGAAGCCAGCUUAGUCCUUUCAGUUUUUUCAUGUUAAACCCUUUAAACCUGCCCUUCGUCGAAACUCUGGGGACAAUAGAGUGUCGCCAUGUUUCAAGUGAUCUCCUCUCUCCACUCUUUCGUUCAGCGGUAUCAAUACCAGUAUCAUUAAAUGUUAGCUGUAACCCAACACACAUAAGUAGCUUCAUAGCUAUUGAUGUCCUGGCAUUGAUAUCGUUGGAUUCGAUAAGACAUAAAUAUGUUUUUCACCCGACAAUGCAA